CUCAUUUUCUUACGUUUAAGAUGUCCAUCCUUCUUUUAGAGACUUUGAGGAAAGCUGAACUAGAACAGUAUUAUUCCAGCUUCUCCUCAAAUGGAAUCACACAGCUAGAGACACUUGCACAAUUGUCUAUGCAAGACUAUAGUAGUUUAGGCAUAACUUCUAUUCCUGAUAGAAAGAAACUCUUCCAGCUUGUUCAGAGCCUACGACAAGAAAUCCCAACUUUAGAAAAUGGCCUCGUUUCAUCCCCAACAAAAUACCGCUUAAAUAAAUCACCUCCAAGCUCCAGCAAUGCGUCUAUCAGUUCCUCGCCUGGAAUAUUCCCUGAUCUGUCAGGCCUGAGUGUUGCUAAUUUGGCAAGAAGAUCAAGCGGCCAAACCGCUAACAUGCCUCCUGCCCUACCUCAGAUACCAACUCGUUCACGAUCACGUACUCUGCCUACAUCUGACAAUCCCAAUCAUCUCUCACCUUAUCAUCAGAACAGUUUACGACCUGAAUUACUAAAGACAAGUAAUAGCAGUAAUAACUUGUUUCUUAAUGAAGAUAAUUCUAUGCUGUCUGAUGGUGAAGAUUCCGAUAGCUCUCAGAAAUGUGAAAUCAGAAGAGGUUCGGGCCCGCUUUUGGAUCCCUACGGUGUUCCGAUUCAAAACAAGAUACGCUAUAACAGUAUGCGUCACCAAUCCAACACAGCGUCCCCCUCUUCUAAUAGUUCACCUUCGCAGCAGUUUCAACAAGCUAUUGGACAGAGUGAUUUAAAUCAAAAGAUCCGUGUUUGUGUCAGAAAGAGACCAUUGAGUAAAAAGGAAGUAGAGAGAGGAGAAAAGGACAUUACACCUACAGCAGGUGUUCGAAGCAUCAAUGUCAAUGAACCAAAAAUGAAGUUGGAUUUGACAAAAUAUAUUGAACAACACAGCUUUACUUUUGAUGAUGUCUUUGAUACUGACGAAUCCAAUGAAAAGAUUUAUCAAAGAACAGCUCAACCAUUAGUCAAAUAUGUAUUUGAAGGAGGAAAAGCAACUUGUUUUGCAUAUGGUCAAACGGGUUCAGGAAAAACAUAUACCAUGUUGGAUCCAAAAUUAGGUUUAUAUGUUCUUGCUGCACGUGACGUAUUUUCCUUGAUCCGACAACCUCAAUACGAACACUUAAGUGCCUGGAUUGGGUUUUAUGAAAUUUAUCAGGGGCAACUGUACGACUUGCUCAACAACCGUAAAAAGCUAUUUGCUCGAGAAGAUGGCAAGCAAAAUGUGGUGAUUGUAGGCCUAAAAGAGUUUGUUAUCAAAAAUGUAGAGGAUUUGAUGCAAGUGUUUGAAUAUGGUAGUCAGUCGCGUAGUACAGGUAGUACAGGCGCCAACUCGGAUUCAUCCCGAUCCCAUGCUGUCCUUCAAAUCUUAUUGCGUCCAACUAAAAACCGCAAAAAGAUUAUUGGCAAAUUGAGUUUUAUUGACUUGGCUGGUAGUGAGCGUGGUGCUGACCGUGGUGAGACGGAUAUCAAGACAAGGAUGGAAGGUGCUGAAAUCAACAAGAGUUUGUUGGCCUUAAAGGAAUGUAUCCGUGCUUUGGAUCAAGAUAAGAGACAUACGCCAUUCCGUCAGAGUAAACUGACUCAAGUCCUAAAGGACUCCUUUGUUGGCAAUUCAAGGACUUGCAUGAUUGCUACUGUAUCCCCUAAUCAAAGCAACAGUGAACAUACACUAAACACAUUACGUUAUGCUGACAGAGUUAAGGAACUUAAGGGAGAACGGGACAGAAGAGUGCUCAGUAGUAGCACAGAUAAUAGUAACAAUACCAUAAACAAUACCAUGAACAAUAACAACAAUAGUAACAGUAUGGAUGAAAGUAACUUGGUGCAUCAACGCCAGUUGUCUUCCUCUGAAGAAUACCCUAAUGAAGACGAAUACCCUAACGACUAUGGAGAGUCAGACGAUGCUGAACUGUAUAAUGACGUUGAAGAUGAUGACUUCCUUUUACACGAUGAAGAUUUCCCCACUGAUGGUGAUGUCAACAUCUUGGAUAAAGAUUUCCUUCAUGAAAACAACAAUCGUGAAAGUCAAGACCAGCUCACAAUGCAACAGCAAAGAAGAAGCUAUGAACCUCCGCCUGUUUCUUCUCGAAUGAUACCUUCUUCUGAUAAUAACAAGUUUAAACAUCCACUUGAUAUGGCAACUAUCUCUUCUUCCCCAGAUUAUGUGUAUGAACAGAAAAUACCUAAACAAGACGAACCUACACCUGUAGAACCUUCUCCUCCUCAAUUGGAAGAGUGUCUGUUUUUCGACCCAAACACAAUUGAAUCCUUUAUCAAAUUUCAUCGUGCUCAAAUAAGAGAAGUAACCGAGUAUUCAAAGAAGGAAACAAAGUUAUUGGCCAACUUCUCUUUGGGUCUAUCUAGCAGACGCAAUGAUGAUGAACAACAACCUCCUUCAAUAAGAGAAGAGCUCAAGACGUCAAGUGAGUUUAUAGGCUAUUUGGACAACUUGGACGAAGUGUUGGAGAUGAAGACUGCAGCUAUUGAAGCACUAAGAGAUCGUAUACGUCAUGUUUUGGGUGAAGAAGAGCUUUAGUCUCUUUAUUUAUGUUACGGUAUAUAAAUAAAUAGCAAUUACACCAAAA